GCAUAUUUUUCAUAAUUAUAAUAUUAUUAAUGCCAGUAUUUUUGUAUUGUAUCAUUCGUUCUACUAUUACCAGACCAUCAGGCUCAAUAUCAUCAGCUCUAGUUAAACCAGUUGACAGUGGUACACUAAAUGGUCAGUCUACAGUGUCAGCUGGAGAGUUUUUCUUCAAUGCAGCACAUAAACCAAUUUUUAAUGAGAUCAGAGGUCAUUUUGGUAUUCUUCGCCAUAAGAUAGUUCCAUUAAUUGCUCAAUCAAUUUCGUCAGUCAUAGAAAUGAAGUCAUUCCUUCAACUAUCCUUCCCUGAAUUGAGUGCUGAGCUGUCUAAUGCUGAUAGUAUUGAAGACAUUAUGAAUGUUAUAGUGAAGAAUUGUCAAGUCAAUGACAUCUCAAUAAUAAAAACAAUUGUACUGCGCUUUGAAAUCAACGAAGCAAAGCCACUGAUAUCAGAAUACGAAAAAGAAGUGAAGACAGUUUGUGGAUCAUUGAAGGAUUUCCUCAGUCAGAAUCAACCCAAACAUCUUAGUGAUUACAAAACAAUUCAGUUUACUUUGGGAUGGGAACCAGAUGAGCACUCACUUGAUGACAUACGUAAUCUCUUAGAGGAAGCAUUUAAGGAAUUAAACAAGAGGAUUAUUGUACAAAGCAUUCAUCGUGGGAACUCCAUCAUUAUUAUCUGUUAUGCUCCACAUCAUUUACUAGCUGCUCUUCUCUUGGAAGCACAAGACAACCUAACUGUCUUGAUGAAGGAAUUCAGUUUAAUUAGACUAACCAUUGGCCACUACACUGUCUAUAAUAGAAGGAUCAGAUACAAAGUAAUUAAUAAUGAGUGUCUUGCAGAGGAGGUUAAACUAGCUGAUGGAGAGGAACAAGAACUGAGGACUUUACUUGAUUACAAAGAAGGAUCAAUAUUUGAACAAGAUAAACAACUGAAUACCAUCAAAAAAAGAAAAGAGUAUAUUCAAAGGACACUACAGACACCAGAGUCUAAACUGAAAGUAAAACUACUGACUAGAGGGAA